AUGCAAACCGUUCUCCAGAGUGAGACUCAUUCUCAGGGCCCCUCAAAUGUCAGCUCCGUGCACUGUGUGAGAUCAGAACCUCUGCGCGCGUACCCACCCCGCGGACCAGCAGGGGCCGGUGCCCAUGGGGAUGGGCUCACCCGGGGGAGGAGGAGACGCUGCAGCCAUCCAGGGCUGCAGGGAGUGCCCCUCUUCCCCAGGGGCCUCUCUAUACUUCAUUCACGGUCAACCCCAAGCCGAGAGGACUCUUGGUGUGAUCCUAAGUUUUUACCGUAUUUUUUGGCCCCAGGAACUACUCACCAUCGCCCCUGA